AUGCAGGAUUUUAAGCGCAAGUUCCAGCCUGGGAACACCCUGCUCCACUUCCAGCAGCUGAGACUGCUACCGCUCCUGCUGUUGCUUGGUCCCCCACCUGUUCCCGGCAUGGAGGACUCCGCCUUCCCUCACCUAGGGGUGAGCUCACAGCCACCUCCCAGGGCCUGCCCCCUGCGCUGCUCCUGCCCCCAGGUGGAUAUAGUGGACUGCGCCAGCCUAGACCUUUGGGUAUUCCCGGACAACAUCACUAAGGCGGCUCAGCAUCUCUCCCUGCAGAACAACCAGCUUCAGGAGCUUCCCUACAAUGAACUGUCACGCCUCAGCAGCCUGCAGACCCUCAACCUCCACAACAACCUUACAACCUCCGAGGGGCUGCCUGAUGAGGCGUUCGAGUCCCUCACCCAGCCGCAGCAUAUCUACAUGGCUCACAACAAGCUCUCCGUGGCCCCCAGUUUCUUGCCCCCCUCCCUCCGCAUCGCAGAUCUGGCUGCCAACCAAGUCAUGGAGAUCUUCCCGCUCACCUUUGGGGAAAAACCAAUGCUCAGGUCUGUGUACCUCCACAACAACCAGCUGAGCAAUGCUGGCCUGCCCCUCGACGCCUUCCACGGCUCCCAGGCAGUCACCACCUUCAGUCUCUCCAGCAACCAGCUCAGCUAUGUGCCAACCAGCCUACCUUCCUCACUGGAGAGGCUCCACUUGCAGAACAAACUCAUCUCCAAAGUGCCCCGAGGAGCCCUGAGCCACCAGACCCCUCGUGAGCUCUACCUCCAGCACAACCAGCUGACAGACAGCAGCCUGGAUGCUACCACCUUCAGCAAGCUGCACCGCCUGGAGUACCUGGACCUGUCCCAAAAGCAGUUGACUGAGGUGCCCUCUGGCCUGCCCCGCACCCUGGCUGUGUUGCACCUGGGCCGUAACCGCAUCUAGAGAGUGACAGCAGCCCAGCUACAUAGGGCCCUGGGUCUACGCUAUCUUCUGCUGCAACACAACCAGCUGGGAGUGGCAGGGUUGCCUGCUGGGGCAUUGCGGCCACUGCAGGGGCUGCACACGCUGCAUCUCUAUGGCAAUGGGCUAGACAGAGUGCCUCAGGGGCUGCCCCACCACCUGCAGGUCCUGGUGCUGCCCCACAACCGGGUGGCUGCACUGGGUGCCAGAGACCUGGCUGCCAUGCGGGGCCUAGAGGAGCUCAACCUAGCUUACAACCAGCUGGUCAGCUCCCGUGUGCACCAUCGGGCCUUCCGCCCACUGCGUGCCCUGCGCAGCCUUGAUCUGACUGGCAACCAACUGACCUGGAUGCCCACUGGCCUGCCUGCCAGUCUGCACACCCUUCGAUUGCAGCAAAACCAGCUCCAAGCCCUAGAGUCUGAGCUGCUGGCUGGCCUGAACCAGUUGCGGGAGCUCAUCCUGGUGCAUGACCGGCUCCGGAUGGGGGACAUUGGACCAGGCACCUGGCAUGAGCUACAGGCCCUCCAGGUGCUGGACAUCGGCCACAAUGAGCUGUCUUUUGUGCCCCCCGACCUGCCCAUGGCCCUGGAGGAGCUGCAUCUGCAGGGCAAUUGCAUCUGCCACGUGGGCCCUGAAGCCUUCCUCAGCACAUCCUGCCUGUGAGCACUCUUCCUCAGUGUCAACAGACUUCACAUGUCCAGCAUCGCACCUGAUGCCUUCCUGGGCCUCCCGCACCUGCAUGUGGUGGACACUACGGGUAACCCUGAGCAGGUCCUGGUCCGGCUGCCACACACAGGCCCACGCUGGCCACGAGCAGGAGGCUCCUGAGACUGAAGGGAGCAGCAGAGCAGCCCAGACCUCUGGGUCAUGGAAUAAGGAGAGAACACCCA